UCACCAGGUAAAUGUCCUAUUUUCGAAGGACGGGAGAUACAAACAAACUAUAACGACAAUUUGACAUGUAAACAUCUCAUCUGUGCCACAGUCACCUGUAUCAUAAGGACACACCACCAACCGAUCUGAAGAACAGUGUUGCAGUCGUGAGUAUGGGCGACGUUAACGGUAACGAACCAGCCACCAUCAACCACACCGAGGUGCACGUGGACGUCCGCAGCUCGGGAGCUGCCUACUCUACCAAUGGCGACGUGGUCACCCAGCAAGGGGGUGUCCCCAUCAUUGCCCAGAACCCUGACCCAGACAGGAAACCUAAAGACUUCGUCAUGACCAACUGUUUUGUGGUGUUCGCAUGUAACUUCAUAUUUGGUUUCAUUGGAUACCAUUACGGAGUCAAGUCCAACUGGGCCUGGAAGCUGGGACAAGAACACGAGGCGAGGAAGAAGGCCAAGAUUGCUCUCAUCUUCGCCAUCCUCGGCAUCGUUGCAGGGAUCAUCACCUACUGCCUGGCAUUCGGCCUGUACUUCACUAUAGGCAAGAAGCCCAUAGACGUCACACACAGAGGGACCCCGCCGUAACUUACGUCAAUGUCUAUGUAUAUCAUAUACCAGUGAGGACAGCAUUCUUUGCUUUGGACAUGAUUAAUGCCCAAACGAUUAAGGCAGCUAAAUCAGCAGAGAAUGCUGUUCGCUGUCUGUUCUUUAGAUAUAUUACUGAACUUACUGAACUAUUCUCAGAGAGUUGUUACAUGGAAUAUAAAACCUGGUAUAGCUACUUUGUAUUGCCAAACCCUACGUUCAAGAAACUCCCUCUCUCAUUCAUGGUACUGUAUCUUCUAUGGACAUAUAUACACCUCGGGUAGGAAGGAACUGAAUCAUACAGUCUUCCAAACACGCCAUUCUCUCAUUCCGAUGUCAUACCAAGACCAAAACAUUUCUGAAAUACCAUUGAUAAGUUUCUAUUCCAGUACGAUCACAGCCAGACUCAGUAAAAUCAGAUCUCAUUUUGUAGAGAUUGGCUCACAGUAUAGUUAAAGCAUAAUCACAUGACAUUUCUCAGAUUGUGGUUCAGGGGGUAGGAUCUGAUUUUUUUUUAUAAAUUUGACGAGAGAUCCCACUAAUGUCCAAUUCAAGUAAACUGAAACUGAAAGAGCGAACUCCAAUAAAUCGAUACAUCGUUUAUAAGGUUACAGCGCCAUCGACGAUUGGUCUCAUAUCGACAUAUUUUCGGUAUACCUCGACUUACACUUUCUCUGUACAUAGACUGGGUAAAUGUCACCCCCAGUAAAUGGCCAGUGCCACAGUAUGUAUUUGGGUACUACUUACAGGUGUCGACAAAUGUGUUUAUUGUUUUAUUGGCAUUCCAGAAGUUGGUGAGUCAAUAAUGAAGAAUUCGACUUUAUGGAUAACAACUUCUGUUUAUUGCACAAACCGACGUUUAGGUGUAAAAUGUAGCUUGAUAAAGUAGUCUGUCUCACAGUCCCUGAACCACAUUAUUUUCCCUACUGUCAAGCCCUCUCUGCAGUGCUAAAGCCCUAAAUAAAGCAAGUCUAGAUUUCUUCAGGAAUCUCUGGUCUCCCUGGGGCUCCUUUUCAAUUUAAAUGGGCUUGUUUGUUACUAUCAGAAUUAUAUAUAUUCAGAGACUAUGCAUUAGUCUACACGAUAAUGGUAUAAGAAUUCACACCUGUACCACACCUGUGCUAUUCACUGCUUGCUGACUUUGUACGAAACAAAAAGUGAAAUAGAAAAAAAGAAGUUGUUAUCAAUGAAGUCGUACGCUUCAUUAAAUGUUAUGUUUUAAUUUAGUGAUGAAUAAGGUUAACAUCAUCUUUAAUUACGGACGUAUAAAAUGAUCAGUUGUUUGCAUAAUAAAAUUAAUUUUAUUUAUUUUUCUCAUUUUUCUCAAAAUCAGUGGUAAUUUUGUCAUUAUUUUGAGAUCAAUAGGCUAUGGAUUUCAAAAUAAUGACAAAAUUACCACUGAUUUACUUUACAGAACUGAGGCUCCACACUCUAAUCCGACGUUAAUCUCUUUAUUGAUUGCGUUUGACUUUGUUAUGCACAUCUAGACAGGGGUAAUCUAGAUAUAAUGUCUGUUGAGUUCAGAGAUCUCUUCGUGUUUAUGUUUUGGGGCUUUGAAUCUAAUGAGUUGUUUGCAUUUUAAGUUUUCAUGUUUGUGCAUUAUUAACGUUAACUGUGGUUAUGUGCAUAUAGUGGAUUUACUACUGUUUUAUUUGUUGCUUUAUAAUGCAUAUCUCACUUGCAACAAUCGUUCACGUUUAAAGUAUUUCUGUGCCAAUAAUCAAAAGUGCACUGAUUUUCUUGAGGGG